AUGUCCAAGCGAAGUACGUGCAAGCGCGUUCCCAUUCCUGCCCCCGUAUCCAGUCCUCCUCCCGAUUCUGGUCUCGCGGAGCACGAUGCAGAACUGGAUAAUAUAGAGCAAGACCUCCAAUCAGAUUCUCACUCCGAUACCGAAAACGAACUCGACGCUGCUGAACCGACACAUGACUCCCCAACCGGUGAACUUGACGAGCCUAUUAAUCUUAUGCCUGCUCAUGCUGCCACCCCUUCUGGUAUUCGUAUUAAACUUCCCUCUCGCGGCCGACAGCAUUCCAACACUCAGACGCCUAACGAGCGUCAUCGUAAGCGACGCAAGAACACUGCUCGUCCGCAACAUGAACCCUCUCCCUUUUCCUCACCUACUCCACGGUCUGCAGAUGCUAGCACCUUGGCAACCUCUCCACCUGCAGCCUCCAUCCCCUCUCCCAUUCGUGACCUUCAACGUGCCAUGCAACUACAUCUCGCCGGCAUGACUGAUGAAGCCCGCGAUGACUACUGGCAUCAUGUCACAGAGUUCAAUCUCAUUUUCCUUGGUGCCUCUACUGCUGCUACUAGCACCGCUGCUCCGCAACAGCCUCCAAGCCCAUCUUCACCUGCGAUGCAGCAGAACAAUCAUGACGAUGCACUGGACAUUCCACUGCUACCUCCAUCACAACAAGUCGCGAAGUCCCGUCAUGACUUCCCUACGCACGACAUUGCCCUAAAAGCUCAUCAGUUACCGUUUCCUACCGCUGUCUCUAAUCGGAUGAAAGCAGGCUGGAAGGAGUACAUCCCGCUCACUGCGCUCACCAAUAUGGCCUGCCGUGCAGCGGCCAACAAGCAACAGACUCGCAAUGUUGUAAAGUAUGAAGGCGGUGCACUCACUGUCAGUCAGGGUCCCUUGGACGGCUCUCAUGAGCGCUGGCUCACUCUGGCCGAAAUUUCGGAAGCAUAUCCUCGUUUCUUGCGUCUCAUUCAACAGCAUUACCCUCAUCCCAAGUCUGUCCAGCAGUCUGUUGCGCAGGAAUUUGUGACACAUUUCCAGCAUAUAAGCCAUCAGCCGAACUUCGCAGAACACAUUGGUCUGGUGGACGUCAAUCAUAACAUUGGUGAUGCCACCACUUUCAGUUCUCACCCCGGGUGGUUGGCCGCCUUCACUCAUCUCAGCAAGAACUUUGCAGACUGGGCCAAGGGAGCAUAUAGGCUGACAGAGGCUGUCGUGGAGCUGAAGAAGAUGCCAGACAUACCUAAGAGAGCAAUGGAUGCUAUUCACCUGAACAAGAAUGGCUAUCUGCUCCUACUGCCAAUGCCUCCUGCCAAUGUGCAGCCGAGCUUGAACAUCAAAAAGAAUCAAGUCAUUGAGUUCCUGAAUUAUCACUAUGGUGACCAUGAUGCCAAGAUGCCAUGGAAGAAGCUCAAUGAAGCCCAACCUUUGGUGGACUUCAUCUCACUGGACAUGCUCCUCAUGGACUUUGUAAUUAUUGAUCCCUCGAAGAUGACACAGGAUCAGGUCAAGGUGCUUCUGAACCACUGGCGAGUGUGUGAAAUUGCCCACGGGGUGGAAGAAAUGAUGCAGUUCUUGAAGUGCUGGAACAAGAAGGGCAUCGCCAUCUCCACCAAGUAUGAUCCACUGCCACCACUGCAGGCAAUCAUCAAAGAGGACCAUUAG